UUUAAAAACAAAAGUAUUCAUAUUGUACAUUCACUAUCAACGGAUAAACUGUAAUACAAUCUAAAUUGCACCCUUAAUUAGCUUGACUCAUUUAAAAAAAAUGUUUAUACACAUUGCUAUUGAAACAUGUGCUCACCAUUCCAACGCCACUAUUUAAAUUACUUGCAUUAUAACAUGUUGUAUUAACUUAAUUUGACUACCUGCAUUAAAUCAAGUCGGAAAUACAUUUUAUCAUGAUGGACGAUUUAGAAAUGGAUAAUAAAGACCGAAAUAAAAUAUUAACAAAUGUUAAAGGAGUCAACUUAGCAAAACGACAGAUCUAUUUAGAAUUUUCAGAAUUCAGUCCGGCACAAAUAAAGAAAAUUGAAGAAAUAUUUAAUAUGUAUGAUUCAAAUAAGGAUGGAUAUUUAUGCAAAAAUGAAUUAAAACAUAUGAUGAUAAAACGACGCGUUCCUUGGACAGAAAAUUCUAUAAAUCAGUUAAUAGAUGAUGUCGAUAACGACCACGAUGGAAAAUUAACUUUUAGAGAGUUUCUCAUGACAAAUAGAAAAACAUUAGAGUAUGUACAGCGAACAUUAGCUAAACAAGAAAAAGUUGAUUUUAGCCAAGUAGGAAUAAAAGGCGUUAAGGAAUUUUUUGAAGCAAAGGCAAGUUUGGUAACUAUAUAAAUAAUUUUUUAUAGGAUAAAAUGGGGUAAUUAUUAUUGAAUUCGUUUAGAUAACUGCACUAGUUUUUAUAUCGAACUUACAUAAAAUACGAUAGCAACACAUAUAAGAACCUAAACUUUCAAUUUAAAAUAAAAUCUGCUAAAUAUUCCUAGAGAAAAAAUUAAUUUACG